AUGAAUUACACCUUGUGGAUUUUGGCCAGUUUACUAUGGCAACUCGCAGCAGCAAACACAGAAACGGUGUCGUUUUAUGCGUCGUUGUCUGAAUUGGCGCCCGAUCUGGCGCUUACGCCUCGUCGCGUGGUCCACACGGGCAAAAACAGACUGUCCGUCUCGUUCGACCCAAUCACACAUCUGGCUCCCGGAGAAAACACCCAACACACAGAAAUCUGGCUCGACACGUCCCAAUUGGCUCCUGUCCAGCACUUUGCACGCGUCUGCUGGCCAGCAACCGCGCCGGUCAACGUUGCACUGCGCUCCGAAGACGGCCACGUGCUCCUAACCAUCGACCCAGACUACUACAGCACCAACACGGCGGGCGCGAAACGGCACCUGACCAACGUGCCGCUGGACGUGCACAUUGGACAGCAAACGCCCGUGCCCCGCGACCUGUGGCCCGUUGUUGUUUAUGUCGGUGCAGUCUCGGUGGUUUCGAUCGCCGCCGCUUAUUUUGCUUACGUCAGCGGCCUCCUGUUUGGGAAAAUGUGUUGA